AUGUCCAAGCCGUCGUGGAGCCAUGGGGCCAGGUCACGCCUGCCCACAGCUGCAGGCCUUCGCAUCCCUGGGCCCCGAGGUCUGAAAGUCGACCCGGCUGGAGCAGCCGAGCCCCUGGAGGACGUAGCUGAGCAGCAGCAGAUGAAAACUUCCUUCCUCCCCGUGCAGCUGCGGCCCACCCCGCCGCGCGCCCGCCCCGCCCCGCCCCGGCUCCCGCCCGGACUGCGGCCGCAGGGGGCCCGGAGCAGGCACGUUCUCUUCCGGGCCCCGGGACCGGCUUCUCGGCAGGCCGGGCCCUCGGGCUCCCGCGGGGCCCGGCUGCCCCUCCCCCGCAGAGGCAGGGCCGUGGGACAGAGGCACCAGCUGCUCCCAUUUGCUCUGCUCCCGAGGAGGGGAAAGAGGGAGAGGAGAAAACCCGGGACGUGGAUGCAAGCAGGGGGCGCGCUCGCAGAUCCCCCGCCUCCGGGACCCGUGGACGGCGGCAGCCCCGGCCAUGCAGACCCCCUAGCCCGGCUCGCGGCAUGGGCGACGGUGGCCGCAGUCCCUCCGCGGGCUGGAAGCCCUGGCCGGGCGGUCCCGCCCCGCGGCACGUGUGGGGCACGGACCCGCAGGCUCAGGACGCCGUGGGAGGCUCCCUUCCCCAGGCCCAGGCCGCCGCCGCGGCUGAAAGCCCCGGGUCCGGGGGAGGUGGCGAGGCGCCGGCCCCCUGCCCGGCACGCCCGCGGAGCGCUGAGGGCUCGGGCACCUCCACGCGGCCCAGGAGCGCCAGGCUCGGCAGGCAUCGUUCGCUCCUCCAGACCAGCAGGAGCUGCCCGGCCCCGCCUGCCGCCCUGCCUCUCAAGCCACUCCCUGGGCUACUCACAGUAUCCGAGAAGUCAGGACAGUGAGGAGAAGCCAUGUUCCUUGAACUGA